AUGCCUCAAACAGAGGUAACCGGUGUUGAAUCUUUUGAUGAACAGGACCGCGGGAGGGAAAUGGAUGGGGAUAAAAAGCCUAAGAGCAGGAGGCCAGCCAAUACUGCUUUUCGACAACAACGCUUGAAAGCCUGGCAACCAAUUUUGACACCCAAAAGCGUAUUGCCUCUAUUUUUCGUCGCUGGGAUAAUAUUUGCUCCCAUUGGGGGGCUUCUGAUAUGGGCAAGCUCACAGGUACAAGAAUUAGUAAUAGAUUACACUGAAUGCGCCCAGAAAGCACCCGUGACCCAUGAAGAGCAGAUUCGCAAUAACUUCGAAUCCUCUUUCAGAUCUUCAAAGGAACCUAAAUUUCCGACCUGGCAGCGCAGCACCCGAAAUGAUACGAAUGCAACUAUUUGCACCUUAUCGUUCUACAUCCCAGAAGAUAUUGGACCGCCUGUGUUUAUGUACUACCGUCUUACCAACUUUUACCAAAAUCACCGAAGAUAUGUACAAUCUUUGGACUUGGAUCAACUGAAGGGGAAAGCUGUUGACAAUGCUACAAUUAAUGGGAGCGCCUGCGAUCCGCUUACUGUUGACCCGAUAACAAACAAAGCAUAUUAUCCUUGUGGCUUGAUUGCAAACUCCCUUUUCAAUGAUUCAAUCAAUAGCCCAGUGCUUUCAGGCGCCAAUGAUGGCGCACAAUAUGUCAUGACAAAAAAAGGUAUUGCCUGGGAAAGUGACAGGGAACUUAUCAAGAAAACACAAUACCAAUCAGGGCAGGUUGUGCCACCACCGAACUGGCAGAAACGGUUCCCACAUGGCUAUUCUGACAAGAACCUUUCUGAUAUCCAUGAGGACGAAGAUUUCAUGGUUUGGAUGAGAACUGCAGGAUUACCAGCCUUCAGCAAGCUUUCUGGGAGAAAUGACACCAUGGCCAUGGCAUCGGGCACUUACCAGCUGGAAAUUGAAGACCAUUUCCCUGUAACUGAGUACGGCGGUACAAAAUCCAUUCUUAUAUCUACCCGCACCGUCAUUGGGGGCAAAAACCCUUUUAUGGGAAUUGCCUAUGUUGUUGUCGGUGGACUCUGUGUUGUGCUUGGAGCUGUAUUUACGGUUGCACACUUAUUUAGGCCCAGGAAACUUGGCGAUCACACCUAUUUAACGUGGAAUACGGAGCAAGACAGUACAGUUGUUGCAACAGGGAGAGAACCUAGAUUUGGGUCACACAAUCCCUGA